UUCAACCAUCUGCUCCGGUCGUAUUUGCCGAAUGGGCUUCGGGCGUGUCAGCGACAUUGGAUCCAGAAACUGUGAACAAACAUGUGACAGCCAUGGUUUUCAAACACUAUGACAAUGAUCGCGAUGGAUACAUCAGUCAGGCAGAGUUCCGACAAAUUUCAGGAAAUUUCCCGUUUAUCGACCCCUUCGGUGCAAUUGAUUUGGACAGAGACGGUCAAAUAUCACGCGAAGAGCUGAGGACUUAUUUUGUGAAAGCAAAUAAUGAUUCAGUAGAUUUUCGACUUGGAUUCAAGCAUAACUUUCACGAAACAACUUUUUUGACGCCAACAACAUGUGGUCAUUGCGGUCGUUUGUUAUGGGGACUGAUUCGUCAA